AGGGAUUUGGGCAGCAUCAGUAAGAACUGGUCACGCAGAACUGGCAACCCUGUGCCAUUGUACACUGAACUGUACGAAAGCGAGUAAACCUUUGCUGUUAUGUUUCGCUGGAAAGGCAGAGUUGCUCUUGUUACCGGAGCUUCCGUGGGAAUUGGAGCUGCAAUAGCCAAAUCUCUUGUCCAGCAUGGCAUGAAAGUGGUUGGUUGUGCCAGAAACGUGGAACAAAUAGAGAAAUUAGCAUCAGAAUGUGUCAAGAGUGGAUUCAGUGGCACUUUAAUUCCAUAUAAAUGUGAUCUGUCUGUAGAAGAAGAAAUCUUGGCCAUGUUUUCCUCUAUCAAAGUUCAACAUCAUGGCGUUGACGUGUGCAUCAAUAACGCUGGCUUGGCUCAUCCAGACUCUAUAUUAACUGGCAAAACCAGUGGCUGGAAAGCUAUGCUGGAUGUGAAUGUGAUCGGACUAUCAGUGUGCACUCGUGAGGCUCACCAGUCCAUGAAAGAAAGAAAUGUUGAUGACGGUCAUAUUAUUAACAUCAACAGCAUGUCUGGACACAGAGUUAUGCACAAUAGUGACGUUCACUUCUACGCUGCUACCAAAUAUGCUGUGACUGCUCUCACAGAAGGUUUGAGACAAGAGUUACGAGAGGCUAAGGCCCACAUACGUGCCACGUGUAUAUCUCCUGGUCUUGUGGAGACAGAGUUUGCCUUUCGACUUUUAAAACACAAGCCAGAGAUGGCUGCUGCAACCUAUACAGAUUUUAAGUGCCUGGAAGCUGAUGACGUAGCCUCUGCAGUUGUGUAUGUACUGAGUGCUCCUCCACAUGUUCAGAUUGGUGACAUUCAGAUGAGGCCUGUAGAACAACUGACAUAACCGAAAUAAAUACAAUGGCACGUCUUUCUAAAUACAUUGAUUAUCAAAUUUAAAGUUUACAGAUUGUUAUGUAAUAGUGGCAAAACUUGUUUUAAUUUGUUGUAAACAAUGUUAAUGUUGUGUCUCAUUUUGAAAUGUCCACAUUUAUAAUUAUUUUUAAUGUUAUAGGAGAAAAUAAAACAAGGAUUUCAGUAAAUGUGAGAAAUA